CGCAAGCCAAGUGUCCGAUUCGCUUACUCUCAUCUACCCCUUGGCAGAUUUAGUCGCGACUGAACUGCCAUCUAAUGGAUCGAGCGAGUUAUCGUUCUUGAGGGAACCAAAUACUAACCAAUCAGAUAACGCGUUAUAAAUUCUGGUACAUGUGUAUGUUUACAAAAUGGAGUUGACGGAUGAAAAGAGAAAACAGAUUGAAGACAGGUUUAGCAUAGAGUGUUUGAGGGGAAAUCAAGUAAAUGGGAUCAAAGCGGUUUGUAAUGGAAAGGAUGUAUUCGUAGGAUUGAAGACGGGUAGCGGGAAAUCUAUGAUUUACGAAAGCAUUCCCGUCAUUUGUCAUGACGCUUGUGUCAUAGUUGUGACAGCCCUUGUUUCCAUAAUGAAAGAACAAACGGAAAGACUCUGCAAGCUAGGUUUCACUUGUACAUAUAUUGGAAAGGACCCAGACGACGAUGAUGUGUUACAGGAAGGGGGAUUUCAGUUUAUUUUUGGCAGUCCGGAGGCACUGGUUGGCGAGAAGAAGUGGAGGGAUAUGGUAUCCAAAUUAAGAGAGAAAAUUAAAGUCAUCGUCGUGGACGAGGCCCACACAGUUGUUCAAUGGAGUGAAGGAAAUGAUCACCAUAAGGCCUUUAGGGAACAUUUCAGUCAAAUAGGAGAGUUGAGAGCAAUUUGCCCAGACGUCCCUAUAGCUGCCUUAACCGCAACAUCAGGUCCUGCACAGCGUCGCAAAAUCACGAGAAGUCUUUGCUUCAGGACAUCUGAAACUGUGAUCAUAUCAGAGUCUCCCGAUAGGAAAAACAUUAAAAUAUCCUCAAUGUGUGUCCCUAACAACAGUGAAAUUGAAGAUGUAAUGGGUUGGUUGUUGAAUGAAUUUGAAAAGAAAAAGGAAACACUUCCAAGACAUAUAAUAUUUUCAGAAUCAAUAAGUGAUGUGUCUAAAAUUUAUGCAAUAUUUAGAAAAAGGAUAGGAAAAAGUGAACAUUAUGAAAUGUUUCAUAGCAAAACAGUAGAAGGCAGAAAAGAAUACAUUAGGUCAGAUAUGACAAAAGAUGGAAAAAUUAGAAUUUUGAUAUGUACCAAUUCGGCAGGCAUGGGUGUAAAUUUCUACAAAGUACAUAAUAUUAUUCAUUAUGGCCUCCCAAGAGAAAUGGACACUUUUGUUCAACAGAUGGGUAGGGCAGUCAGGGAUGGAGAAUUUUCGCAUGAACUUAUUAUUUACACAUUCCACAAGGGACAAUUAAAACGAGUUGAAGAGGAACUUAGUAAUGUAGCUGAAAUAGAGUGA